AUGGCAACGCAAAAGGUUACUAUCGUGGGUGCUGACGGAAAGCUGGGCCCCUCAGUGCUCGACGAGCUGCUUGCAUCUGGCAAGUUUCAGGUAUGCGUUUUCAAGCGUGCCUCGUCCAAGUCGAAAUCAGAGUAUCCUCCAUCUGUCCGCGUCGUCCGCGUCUCUGAUGAUUUCCCUGUCGACGAAGUUGCCGAUGCCCUGAAAGGCCAGGAUGCUCUCGUGGUAACCAUUACCCCCUACCUAACCGAGCUACAAAAGCGUCUAGCAGACGCGGCGGUCAAGGCCGGAGUGAAGCACUUCAUUCCUGCAGACUUUGGAAGUUGUGAUUCCCAGGACAAGAAGGUCUGCGAGCUGGCUCCUUUAUACGGUAGAAAGGCUGAUGUACGACAACAUCUCCAAGAACUAUCGGCUAGCAGUAGGCACGGGUUCUUCUGGACGAGCCUGGUGUGCGGUCAUUUCUUCAACGAUGAUCUCCAUUUGAAACAUAUCUUUUUGGAAGAUGGCAGAGCAGAUGUUUUUGGUGACGGAGAACUCCGCGCAUCCACCAGCACAUUGAAGCAAAUCGGCAGAGCUACUGCAAAGGUCCUCGAGCUGGGCGCCAGCGAGAAGACGAAGAACAGGGUCCUCUAUAUCCAGAGCUUCUGUGUGUCACAGAACCAGGUCAUUGCUGCUGUUGAGCGUGCCGCUAGCACCAAGCUCAAGGUAGAAUCCAUUGAUGCGCAAAAAUUCAUGGAUAAAUGGAAGCCAAAGGCGGACGAGGGUGAUCCCGAUGGCGCAGAGGAGCUGAUUUGGGCUCUCGGCACUUUAUACGCAAACUGGGAGGAGAGGGAAUUGUCAAAUAAUCUCCUUGGCCUGUCGGAAGAAGAUCUUGAUGAAGUGGUGGCCGGAAUACUCGGCUAG